CUGGAAACUAUAUAAUAGUGCAAGAGAAGUGAGCUACAAACCGAAAAAGAGGCGCCUUUGCUUCUCUCUUACUUUAUCACUCUCUUUCCCAGGCCAGUGCUACAUUAUCUCUUUGGUUUUCCUUGUUUUGACUAUUGUGAGUAUCAAUGGCUGGAUUGAAGGUGGUGUUUGUUGUCUUGGCCAUCAGUUUCAGCCUUGGAGGGAACUGGGUCGGAGCUCAAGUCCACCAUGUCGUCGGAGGAGAUCGUGGCUGGGAUCCGGCUAACUCCGAUCUUACUUCUUGGUCCUCCGGCAAAAGCUUUAUGGUCGGAGACACAAUCUGGUUUGCAUACUCUGCAGCGCAUGGAUCCAUAGCUGAAGUGAAAAGUAAGGAGGAGUUUGAUUCUUGUGAUGUAAGCAAUCCGAUCAGAAUGUUCACAGAUGGGUUGGAUAGCACCCCAAUGGACAAGGAAGGAGUACGCUACUUCACAAGCAGUAACCCUGAGAGCUGCAAGAAUGGCCUCAAGUUGCACGUUCAGGUGGUUCCUCAUCAGGAUCCUUCUCAAACUGUAAUGCCGAUAGUGGCGACAUCCGAGAUCUCUGCAUUGGCUGCAGCUGAAGCGCCAACAACUCCUUCCGGUUCCAGUCAUCUUAGAGCAAGUACCAUUUUGUUGUCAUUUGGGUUUGCCUUGCUAUGUUGUGUAAUGGGAGUCUAGAGUGAAACAGCUAGUUUUUGCUGUAGAAGAAGGGACUAGUUCUUCUAGAUAAGAAAGAGAAAGAUGGUCAAGUUGUUAUCUUCCCAAGUUGUGUAAUAUUUUGUUGAUCUCAAGGACUACUAUGAACUUUGCAUUUGCUGAAA